AUGGCGAGGGAGACAUCACCGCCGGAGAAGCUCAUCUACUGGUGGGCCCACUUCCUGUGUCGAAAGAUUCAGGACAGAGACGUAAAGCUCGCUCGACCUUCGAUAACACUUGAGGAGCUUGCGUUCCGCCGUCUGGAUCGAUGGGGACUCCCGGCCUUAACAUGGAUGGGCAACAGACUGCCGGCGUCCUUGUGGAAGGACCAAGACUUGGCGUUUGUUUGCCAGGACGACGAGGAGGAGAAUCAGCCUCUGUUCGUGACUGAGGGCAACGGAGCAUUUCUAGAUGAGGCGGCAGUGGUUGCUGACCGCGCUUUGGCCUUCUUCUUGGCCUUCGGGAGUGCCUCGUCCUCCUCUUCUUCUCUUGCACGCUUGGCACGCUCCUCACCAGCAUUGACAGGUUGA